UGAGAUGGCAUCCAGUAUUUCAAGUCACCGCGCCUUGUCUUCGUGUACCUCAACCAGUGACGCCAGGCCUCAUCAUCAGCCUUCCUCUACGGUCACGGCUCCUCCCUUCUCCACCACCAGCCAUCUUGAUCUAUCGGCAGACGACUCCUUCAACGAGCAGAGCAUCGGGAGGGUGUUCGGUAGCCGGGCGGGGGACCAGCCAGGCUUGCAGAUUGAUGGGGAGGAAGAUGAGAACCAGACUCACCUUAGUGUGGUAUGGCAUGGCGGUCAGCUGGGAGCGGCCUACUACGACGGAGAGACAGCCGAGAUACAUAUGAUGAGGGACAGUGCAGAGCCCGACACGUUUACUCUUCUAAAACAAGUUUUCCAUCAGGUCCAGCCAAAGUUUAUCGUCACCAGUGCCACAGCGGACGAGAGGUUUCUCAAAGCUGUCAAAGACCUUCAAGGUGGUAAGGAUACCACCUCAACAGUGGGAGACAUCAGGCAGACUUCUUCUGUAUCAGGACCAGGAACAGACGGAGAGCCUGAUAGCUCAAUGGGAGAUAACCAACUACAACUUCUUCCUAGUCUUGAUUACACCUUGGAGGUGUGCAAGCGUCGCAUCCUUGCCAUGAGCCUACCCAGCAUCCCAGAGCACUUCACUGAGGAAGACAGGACCAUCUUCUUCUCAUCGCUGAUCCCAUUUGAUUGUCUGUGCAUGGUGCGUGCCGUCGGCGGCUUACUGAAGUACCUGGAGAAGAGGCGAGUUGGAGUGGAGCUGGAGGGCUAUAAUGUGCGUGUACCGGUGCUCUCAAUCAGGAUGUUUUCAUUGGAGCACAUUGUCUCAGUGGAUGAGAAUACGUACAGCGCUCUGCAGAUCUUCCAGAAGGAGAGACAUCCCUCGGCCUACAAGUCGGCCGGAAGUGGAGCUAAGGAGGGCCUGAGCCUUUUUGGUAUAUUGAAUAAGACCAAAUCAGUUGUAGGAAGCAAGCUUAUGAGGGUGUGGUUCAUGCGGCCGUCCUGCGAUUUGGCCCUCUUGACCCAGAGACAGAAUGCCAUCGCGUUCUUCCUAGCAUCUGUCAACACGGAAGUCACGUCUACGCUGCAAGAAUGCCUGAAACAGGUCAAGAAUGUGGCCAGAAUUUUGAAGCAGAUGAGACAAGCCCAGGCAUCAGUAGGUGAUUGGCAGGCCUUGUACAAGACGACCUACAAUGCCAUCAACAUUGGAGAUAUUUGCCGGGCGCAACGAGCCGACAUUGAAAUAUUCAAGAAGAUUGCAAGGGGCUUUACUGAAGAUCUGCAUUACAUCGCCAGCGUCAUCAGCAAAAUUGUUGACUUCGAUGAAUCGGCCGCCCAGAACCGCUUCGUGGUCAAAUCCAAUGUUGACGCCGAGUUGGAUCACAGGAAGCGUACCUACAACGGCCUACCAGACCUAAUGACCCAGGUGGCCAGAGAGGAACUCAACCGACUCAGCUCAGAUAUUGAGGAGUGCAACGUCAUCUACCUACCACAGCUGGGGUACCUUCUUGCGAUUUCAUGUACGUCCAAAAUGCAGCAGGAAAAGGAUUUCAGUGUCCCAGGACUGGAGUUUGUGUUUCUUUCCAACAACAUGGUCCACUACAAGAGUGCCAGCACUAAAGCUCUGGAUGUGAAGCUCGGCGACACUCAGUGUGAAAUAACAGAUCUAGAGACCCAGAUAAUGCACCGGCUUCAGAACUCCAUCCUGGAGAGAUCUGAGGUGCUCUUUACGGUCAUGCAGCAUGCGGCAGAGCUAGACUGUCUGUUGUCCUUUGCAGCAGCAGCCAAAGACCAGAACUACACCCGGCCAGAUCUCACCGAGGACAACAUCAUCCACAUCACCGGAGGCAGGCACCCACUGCAGGAGCUGUGCGUCUCGCCCUUUGUGCCCAAUGAUACGUACUCCGGGGGAAAGUUCGGCAAGAUGAAGUUCCUGACCGGUCCCAACGCCAGCGGGAAGAGUGUCUACCUUAAACAGGCGGGAGUGAUCGCGUUCAUGAGUCACAUUGGCAGUUUUGUGCCAGCAGAGGGCGCCACCAUCGGCAUGCUUGAUGGCAUCUACACCCGAGUCCAAACCCUGGAGUCGGUCUCCAUCGGCCUCUCAACGUUCAUGCUCGAUAUCAACCAGAUGGCUCUAGCACUGAAUAACGCCACGGCCAAGUCACUAGUCAUCGUAGAUGAGUUUGGCAAAGGCACCGAGGCAGUGGACGGCAUUGCCUUGCUGUGUGCCAGCCUGAAGCACUGGCUGGGCAGGGGGACGUUGUGCCCCCACGUCUUGGUAUCGUCACACUUCCACAGCAUCGUCAAGCAGAGCUUGUUGCCUCAGUCACAGGAACUGACCUACCAGACCAUGGAGGUACUUCAAAACGGAGAUGAGAUGGUCUUCCUUUACCAGUUGAUAGAAGGCCACGCUGACCAUAGCUAUGCCAGUCACAUCGCAGCCCAGGCAGGCUUACCUGAGGAGCUGCUCAAACGUGGCAAACAGGUGACCGACCUGCUAGCCCAGAGUAAACCGAUCCACCGCGUCAACGCAGAGAGCAUCGACAGCCAGUUCCAGAAGUGCCAGGACAUUGCCGACGUCUUCCUCAAACUCGACUUGGAACAUACCAACGUGACGGAGUUCCUUCGAGACAAAAUCCUUCCUAACUCCCAGUGAUGGGGUGUGAAGCCUGUGGCUUUGACACUUGGGUUGUUAAUAUAGGUAGAUUCCACGAGUUGGUUUAAAGUUUUUAUUAAAGGCGCGUAGGAAUAUUUGCAGUGAUUCCACGAGAAAACAUUUGCCCAAAGUGAAGAUAUGACUUGUACCAAAUACCCUGUGAAAUAACUCAUGAUGUCGUUCGGAAGAAAACAUUCAUUGAUGGUGUUUAAGAAGGUAUCCUUAUUGGCACACUUUUUUUCGUGGGUUAGCAACAAAAUCCAGUUAGAAGACCAAAAAAAAAUUUCAUACGUUUUCUCUGUAUUUUUCAAAUUGUUUAGUAUCCACUGAGCUGAAACUUUUAAAA